AUGCGGCUUCAUCCCGCACCACGCUGGGGCAGCGGGAAAAAGCGACCCAGCGGAGCCUCCGCCUCCCCCAUGGUAUGUCCGUUUAUUUGUUUUUACUUUUCUUCGCCCUAUGCGAUGCAAUGCGCCGCCGUCUCCGCCCAGGCUGUUCCUUCCCCGCCGUCACCAAAGGCGCCGCCCAACUUCUUGCGGGCUGCGCUGGCGACGCUCGCCAUUUUCAUACGUGGCACUUCCUUUUUUUUUGCCAUCCUCAAGCGUGAUUUCGAGUUUUUGAACAACAGCAGUGCUUGGGUGACGCGCUGA